UACAGUUCCGAGGGGCACCACCAGAUCCAGACUCAGAGCCGCGGGAGCGAGAUGAGCAGCAGCGACUCUUCCCUUAUGGCUGGGAUCAUUUACUACAGCCACGAGAAGUACUUUCGGCACGUCCAGCAGGCUGCAGCUGUGGGCCUGGAGAAAUUCAGCAAUGACCCUGUGCUGCAUUUUUUCAAAGCCUAUGGGAUGCUCAGGGAAGAGCACAUCCAGGAUGCUAUCAGCAACCUGGAGAAUAUCCGGAAUCACCCAGAGGUGACCCUGUGUUCCAUCCUGGCGCUCAUUUAUGCUCAUAGGUGCUGUGAAACCGUCGACCAAGAAGCUGUUCAGGAGCUUGAGAGCAGCCUGAAGGAAAUCCGCAAGACAGCUAGCGGGUCUGCACUGUACUAUGCUGGCCUCUUCCUCUGGCUCAUGGGACGCCAUGACAAGGCCAAGGAAUACAUUGACCGUACGCUGAAGAUCCCCAGCCACGUGAGAGAGGGCUAUGUGCUCAGAGGCUGGGUAGACCUCACCUCAGAUAAACCCCACACUGUGAAGAAAGCCAUCAAGUACCUGGAACAAGGGAUUCAGGACAGCAAAGACGUACUGGGGCUGAUGGGCAAGGCAACGUAUUUCAUGAUGCAGCAGAACUACACAGGGGCCCUGGAGGUUGUAAACCAGAUCACCCUUGCCUCGGGGACCUUCCUGCCUGCCUUGGUCCUGAAGAUGCGGCUGUUCUUGGCUCGGCAGGACUGGGAGCAGACGGUGGAAACAGCCCACAGGAUCCUAGAGAAAGAUGAGAGUAACAUUGAUGCCUUCCAAAUCCUAGCUGUGCAUGAGCUUGCAAGAGAAGGGAACAGGCCUACAGCUGCUGAGCACAUCAGAAAUCUAAUCAGGGCACUGGAAACAAGGGAGCCCCAAAAUCCAAGCCUCCAUCUUAAAAAAAUUCUUGUGGUUAGCAAACUGUGUGGGAGGCACCAGGCAAUUCAACAGCAAGUGUGCAAAUUCAUCGAGCACACCUUCAUGGCCACCUCCUACAGCAGCGUGGCCACAGAGCUGGGCUAUCUCUUCAUCCUGCAAGACCAGGUGAAGGAGGCAUCUAUGUGGUACUCGGAGGCCAUGAAACUAGAUGAGAACAGCCUGGCUGCCUUGACAGGGAUCAUCUGGUGCCAGAUCCUAGAUGGCCUCCUGGAGGAGGCCGAGCACCAGCUGGAGUUCCUGAAGGAGGUGCAGCAGUCCCUGGGCAAGUCUGAGGUGCUGGUUUUCCUCCAAGCCCUUUUGGCCUCCAGGAAGCGCAAGGGGGAGCAAGAGGCCACAGGGCUCCUGAAGGAGGCUGUGGAGCUGCACUUCUCCAACAUGCAGGGUCUCCCCCUGAGUUCGGAGUACUUUGAGAAGCUGGACCCCCUCUUCCUGGUCUGCAUUGCGAGGGAGUACUUGUUCUUCUGCCCUAAGCAGCCCCGGCUUCCAGGACAGAUCACGUCCCCUCUUCUUAAACAAGUCACCGUCAUCUUGAAUCCUGUGAUCAAGGCAGCACCAGCUCUGAUCGACCCCCUCUAUGUGAUGGCUCAGGUCAAGUACCUCUCAGGAGAGUUAGAGAAUGCCCAGAGUACCCUUCGGCGCUGCCUGGAGCUGGACCCCACCUUCGUGGAUGCUCACCUCCUCAUGUCACAGAUCUACCUGGCUCAAGGCAACUUUGCUAUGUGCUCACACUCCUUAGAGCUGGGCGUCAGCCACAACUUUCAGGUUCGAGACCACCCCCUCUACCACUUCAUCAAGGCCAGGGCCCUCAACAAGUCAGGGGACUAUCCAGAGGCCAUAAAGACACUGAAAAUGAUCGUGAAAUUACCAACUCUGAAGACAGAAGGCAAGAAGUUCCGUGGGCCCUCUGUGCAGCCAAGCGAGAGGGUCUCCAUCUUACUAGAACUGGCAGAUGCCCUCCGGAUGAACGGAGAACUGCACGAGGCCACCAAGGUCAUGCAGGAUGCCAUCAAUGAGUUCAGCGGCACACCAGAGGAGAUCCGCAUCACCAUCGCCAACGUGGACUUGGCCCUGAGCAAGGGGAACGUGGACAUGGCUCUGAGCAUGCUCAGGAACAUCACGCCUAAGCAGCCCUGUUACACAGAAGCCAAGGAGAAGAUGGCCAGCAUCUACCUGCAGACCCGCAAAGACACCCGCCUCUACAUUGGAUGCUACCGGGAGCUCUGUGAACAUCUGCCUGGCCCCCACAGCAGCCUGCUGUUGGGUGAUGCUUUUAUGUACAUUCAGGAGCCUGAGAAGGCCCUGGAGGUCUAUGACGAAGCCUACAGAAAGAAUCCACAUGACGCCGCCCUGGUCAGCAGGAUUGGGCAAGCUUAUGUGAAGACCCAUCAGUACACCAAGGCAAUUAAUUAUUAUGAGGCUGCCCAGAAGAUUAGCGGGCAGGACUUUCUGUGCUGUGACUUGGCUGAACUGCUCUUGAAGUUAAAGAAAUUCAAUAAAGCAGAGAAAGUUUUGAAGCAGGCACUGGAACAUGACUCUGUCAAAGACAUCCCAUCCAUGAUGAAUGACGUCAAGUGCUUACUUUUGCUGGCAAAGGUUUAUAACAACCAUAAAAAAGAAGAUGUGAUGGAAACUUUGAACAAGGCUAUGGACCUGCAGUCGCGGAUACUGAAGCGGGUUCCCCUGGAGCAACCAGAAAUGAUCCCCUCCCAGAAGCAACUGGCAGCCUCCAUCUGUGUCCAGUUUGGGGAGCGCUACCUGGCAGAGAAGGAGUUUGCAAACGCAGGGCGGUCGUACAAGGACGCGCUCUCCUACUCACCCACUGACAACAAGAUAGUGCUGGAGUUGGCUCGGCUCUCUCUGCUUCAGGGGCACCUGGACUUGUGCGAGGAGCACUGUGCCAUCCUCCUGCAGACCGACAAGAACCAUGAGACGGCCUGUGUGAUGAUGGCCGAUCUGCUGUUUCGAAAACAGAAAUAUGAAGCUGCCAUCAAUAUCUACCGUCAAGUCCUGGAGAAAGCUCCAGACAAUUUUUCAGUAUUGGAUAAACUGAUCGACCUGCUGCGAAGAAGCGGCAGACUUGAAGAUGCCCCAUCCUUCUUCGAACUGGCCAAGACGAUGUCCAGCCGUGUGCCUUGGGAGCCAGGAUUCAACUACUGCAGAGGCAUCUACUGCUGGCAUAUAGGACAGCCCAACGAAGCCCUGAAGUUUCUGAACAAAGCACGCAAGGACAGCACUUGGGGCCAGAGGGCCACUUACUACAUGGUGCAAAUCUGUCUGAACCCGGACAACGAGAUUGUGGGCGGAGAGGCUUUCACGAACCUGGUGGCUGAGAGCAACUCCCCGGACAGGAAGGAGAUGGAGCAGCAUGGCGUGCGCACUGCCGAGAAGCUGCUUCGAGAGUGCUAUCCGCACUCCGCUGGGGGCCAGACCCAGCAGCGGCUGCUGCAGAGCCUCUGCCUUCUGGCCACCAGGGAGAAGGCUAACGUGGAAGCCGCACUGGGCACCUUCAUCGAGAUGGCACAAGCUGAGAGGGACAGCGUUCCUGCUCUGCUGGCCAUGGCCCAGGCCUACAUGCUGCUGAAGCAGGUCCCCAAGGCACGCACACAGCUGAAGCGUCUGGCCAAGGCCCCGUGGGUGCUGACUGAGGCUGAGGACCUGGAGAAGAGUUGGCUCCUGCUGGCAGACAUCUACUGCCAGGGUGGCAAGUUCGACCUCUCUUCUGAGCUGUUGCGGCGCUGUGUGCAAUACAACAAGUCCUGUUGCAAGGCCUAUGAGUACAUGGGCUUCAUCAUGGAGAAGGAGCAGUCUUACAAGGACGCAGCCGCCAACUACGAACUAGCCUGGAAAUACAGUCAUCACGCCAACCCCGCUAUUGGCUUCAGACUGGCUUUCAACUACUUGAAGGACAAGAGAUUGGUGGAGGCCAUCGAAGUCUGCCACAAUGUCCUCAGGGAACACCCCAACUACCCCAAGAUCAGAGAAGAAAUUUUGGAAAAGGCCCAAGGGUCUCUGAAGCCCUAGCUGUGGUCAGUGGGCACCAGGGUGGGUGAGUGCCAGCAAGCGACAGAAUUUCCAUGGAGGGGGCAGGAAGUGGGAUAGUGAA